UUUUGUUUACUUUAAUAAUGAUUCCUUCCAUUGCGACAAGAUCACCAAAAUUUGUACAAAAAGUACUAGAUAGUUUUAUGUCUGUAGGCGGAUAUGACUCUCUUGUAUUGUCAGGGCUUAAAAUAUUACAUAGUGAAAAUGGCAAACUUUCUGCUGAAUUUCAAGUAGAAAAUAAACACUUGAAUAGACUUGGAACAGUUCAUGGUGGUUUGUUAGCAACUGCUGUUGACGUUGCAGGUUCAUUGGCAAUUGCAACAAAGGGCUUAUAUGCUACAGGUAUAAGCACUGAUAUUAAUAUUAGUUAUAUACAAAGUGCAAAACGUGGUGAAACAAUUACUAUUGAAGCUCGUGUUGAUAAAUUAGGAAAAACUUUAGCAUUCACAACUGUAGAAAUGUAUUGUGAGGGUCGCUUAGUCGCACUAGGCAGGCAUAAUAAGUUUGUAGCUAAAGCAUACCAACAUCCUGAAAAUAUUCUAUGAGCAUAUGCAGGAUAAGGACUAACAGCAUGACUUGUUGACUUCUUUACUAGUAGUUUUUAAUAAUUAAAGCAAAAUUGCAAUUGACUCGAAAUCAUAUUUAUUACAUAAUGGUUAUAUCUUAAAAAAAAAAAAAAAAAAGCGCGCUACGUGUAUUUAACUUCCGUAAUUUGAUGCCAGAAACGCGUUUUUUUUUUUUU